AUGGCUAGUACGAGUGCAGAGGCCCAGGUGGGCGAUGGGAUGGUGUACAAGUCGGAGGACAUGCCUGUCAAGAUUGGCAAGAGCAAGAACUGGUUGGAUGGCCAUGUGGUGCUGCGGUCAAACGGGGUCGUCGUCCGCCUGGCUGGCGAGGUGGACAAAGCCAGCGAGCUCCUGGCUAGCCUGCCCGAGGCGGUGCGGACGCCCGACGGCUACAUCCGCAUUCCGCUCGAUACGAUCACUCGGGUGACCAAGACCCGCCGCAAGACCCAUGUCUCGGUCGUCCGCAUUGAGUCCUCGCUCGGGCUCCGCAUCCAGGGCGAGCCGAAGGAGUCGAGCCCAAGCGAGUGGCUCGACGCCAUCACCCUCGUUCUCAACGAGCACACCCGCGUGCUCACGCUCGAAGCGGCGCUCGAGGCCGCGGGGGGGCUCGGCGAUGGUGUCGAGCCCGGCGUUGAUGACCAUCGCGGCGACCUGGACCUCACCACUGUCGAUGAGUCGUCGACGGUGGUGUUCGGCAAGCACCUGCACCAGUUGCUGUGGCGGGACAACGUGCCGUCUAUUGCCGUCCAUCCGCACCUGCGCAAGAUGGUUGCCUUUGUUGAGGCCCACGGACUCGAGACCGAGGGUCUCUACCGGCUCCGCGACGCCAUCGACGCCGGCGCCGACCUUGUCCUCGACGACCAGCUCGACCCCAACGUGGUCGGCGGUCUGCUCAAGCUCUAUCUCCGCGAGCUCUCCGAGCCGCUCAUCCCUUUUGAGCUCUACGAGGCUUUUAUCGGCGUCGGAGCGCACUACGGCGACGUCGACGAGACGACCCGCACGCUGUACAUGAAGCUGCUGGUCGACCACCUGCCGAAGCGCAACCGAGUCCACCUCGACUUUAUUGUCGCCCACCUCGUCAACGUUGCCAAGCACUCGGACGUCAACCUGAUGGCUCUCCACAAUGUGGCUCUGCUGUUCGGCGCCCUCCUCCUCCGUCCGCCCAACGCCACCGCGCUCGACAUGAUGCAGACAACUUCGGUGAGCUCAGCGACUGCCAAGCUCCUCAUCGGCCACUACGACCGCAUUUUCUCCUCCCGCGGCUCGCGCUUCCAGCUCCUCGCCUGCGUCCGCGCCGCCUUUACGUUUGAGGCUCAGCUCGACAACGAGCUCGAGCUCGCCGAGGGCGACAUCGUCUUUGUUGCCCACGAGGAGAAUGACGAGUGGUUCUUUGGCUACAAGAACGACGUAUCGGGCAUCUUCCCAAAGAACUUUGUUUCCACCAUCAUCGACUUUGUGCCGUACGCUGGCGACGCCGCCGGUGGUGAUGACUCGACCUCUACUCCUGCCUCUGCAAGCACCCCCACGCCGCAGCCUGAUGCCACUCCCCGGGCCGAUUCAAUCGAGCAAGGCGAUGAAGGCUACCACGACGCCAGCCCUGACGAUGCCUCGGCCGCCUCGGCCGACUCAGCCGACUCGUCCGACUCGUCGCUCUCGUCGCGCAGAUCGCGUCUGGCGUCUCCGCCGCCGGCGGAAGCUCCAAUGUCUGUUCCUGCUGUCGUCGCCGACGUCUCAUCUCCCUCUGCUUCCCUUUCUGAUGCUGACGCCGACGCCGACGCCGACGCCGACGCCGACGCCGACGCCGACGCCGACGCCGACGCUGCGCCUGCUCUGUCUUCUAUUCCUGCUGCUGCGUCUGCUGCUGCGUCUGCUGUUGUACCCGCACCUGCACCUGCAUCUGCACCUACACCUGCAUCUGUACCCGCUACCACUACCGACGACGGGCCCCUCCUUGCCCGUAUCGAAUCUCUCCAGUCGGAUCUCGCAACCGAGCGCGCCGCGCGGCUCGCCGCCGAGGCGCGGCUGUCCGAACUCGAGUCGCUCCUCGCAGCCCUCACCUCCCGCGUCACCGAUGUCGAGAUGGCCAGCGUGGCUGCCCUCACUGGGGUUGAAUGAUCAUGCCCUUUAUCAAAUAAUGUCUGCACCAGACCACA